CUUGAAAGUGGCGGGUCCGAAGAAGAGGAUGAUUCUCUUUUUCCUUGGCUGUUCUCUUCUGUGGUGAGAGAGCGGAUCCGAGCAAUGUCGGCGUUUGAGGAGCUUGGGAUGUGUCCCGAGAUCAUCCGAGCGGUGCAGGAAGACGACUGGCUCCUGCCCACGCCCGUGCAGGCCGAAGCCGUCCCACUCAUACUCGGCGUGAGUGAUGGAUGCAUUGCACACUCGACAUCAAUCAUCGGACCUUUCUUCGUGUCGAUCAAUGCAUCUGCCUGCGUGUGAUCAACGUACAGGGUGGAGAUGUGUGUGCUGCAGCUGAAACGGGCAGCGGCAAGACGGGCGCAUUCGGCUUGCCGUGUCUGCAGAUCGUCCAUGAGGCCCUCCGCAACAAGGCCAUCACAUCCAUCAGUGAAGCCAGGGCAGCCGGCGGAGGUCAGCCAUCCCAUACAGACAGUCAGUAUCCGUGUUGUCCUCUCCUCUCCAUGCCACGGAUGGCGUCGAUCAAUCCAUCAGGUGCCGCUGGGUCAGUGUCGGUUCGGUUGAGUGUGGACGACAAGGAUCCGUAUGUGUUGGUGACUGAGGACGGGCUGGAGGCCAAGUCGGACGACGAGAGGAGGUGGAACGGCAUAAGGGGGACCGUCGAGAUACUCAACGGCAAAUACCAGGUACGGGUGGGCGGAGAUGAGAUGGGUGUCUGUGUGAUGUGCACACACACGCAGUCUAUGUGUCUGUCUAUGUAUGUGUCGGUAUGUCCGUUUGUCAUGUGUGCCAGUAUGAGGUGGAGAUCACGACGGAGGGUCUGGUGAGGGUGGGCUGGGCGACCAGCAUCGCGGGCCUGGAGCUGGGCAAAGACGACAAGUCAUUCGGAUACGGCGGCACCGGCAAGAAGAGCUGGAACAGGUCAGCUCAGCUCAGCUCAGCUCACUGGUGGCGGCCAUGCACAGUCAGGAAGCAAUGACAGGACAGUGCAGCCAUCUCUCCAUCUGUCUCUCGCUCUGUGUCUGUGUGUGUGUGUGGUUUGGCAGGUCGUUUGAGGACUACGGCGGGCCCUUUGGGAAGGGCGAUGUGAUAGGCAUGCUCCUCGACAGGGACGCCCAGACGGUCGCCUACACCAAGAACGGCAACCACCUCGGCAUUGCCUACAACAUCCCCCCUCAGCUGCACCACACCCCUCUCAAGCCUGGCGUCUGCGGCAAGAAAUUCCAGGUGAGUGAGGAUAGAUACCACACAGAUGCAUCACAGAUGGACGACAAGACACCAACCCAAGAAAGACAUCUUUCUUCCUUUGGUUCUUUAUUGCCUGGCUGCCUAGGUUCGUUGUGUGUUUGACGCGCUGUCGUACCCCGUGGCUGGCUACACGCCCCUGGCCCAGAUAGACCCCUCACACACGACCGAGGGGCUGGCGAUGGGGAUGGACACGGCCGGCAAGGGGGCGAGGCCGCCGCUCUGCCUCAUACUCGAACCCACACGAGAUCUCGCAGACCAGACCUACAAGUGCAUGAAGCUCUUCGGUAGACGUCAGACAGACACACAGACAGACAGAGUGAGACAGAGAUUGUGAUGUACACGUGUGUGUCUGUCUGUUGAUGUGUUGUUUUGUUUUUCUGUGGUGUGUGGUGGUGUUGUGUUGUGCAGGCAAGUAUCUCGACGCGCCGGCCCCCCGUAUCGGUCUGUUUGUGGGCGGCAUCGACGAGAAGAAACAACGGGAAGACCUGCAGAAAGGGGUCGGGUCAGACACCACAACAGCACAGACAGACAGACAGACAGACAGACAAGCGAGCACGUCUCGUCUCGUCUCGUCUCGCCUCAAGCCCCCGCCCCCCCCUCACCGCCCCGCACCCCUUCAGGUGGACAUAUGUGUUGGGACUCUGAUGAAGACGAUGGACUACGUCCGUCGGGGCCAGCUGGACGUCUCAGGCCUCAAGUUCCUCGUCCUCGACGAGGCCGACGACCUCAUGAAGAACGACGACCGGCGGGACAUCCCCAAGCUCAAGAAGAUGGCCCAGGAGAGGCAGAAGACCCGAGUGCAGACCCUCUUCUUCUCGGCCACGCUGCACUCGCCAGAGGUGCGGCAGGCCAUCGAGAGCAUCACCGUCAGGCCAACCUGGGUGGACCUCAAGGGGCGGCCGUCCAUUCCCGACACUGUCCACUUUGUGGCCUACACGAUCGACCCUAACAAGGUGGUGGGCGAAAUGAAUGGACUACUGGCUGUGGUGUGUGUGUGUGUCACUUUCAUGUGUGUUGGGUCUUCUGUGUGUGUGUGUGUGUGUGUGUGUGUAGGGUCUUGCGUUUCGGCCAGUGAACGAGGCUGUGCGGCCGACGACAGACGGUGUGCACGCCCGCGACCCGCCGUCAGGGCCGCUGGGGUGCUCACAGCAGAUCAAAGAGAUGAAGCCACAGGUAAUUACCGAGUGAACGAGAUGGAACCCAUGAUGACAGGUACCAUAUGCAACCUGUGUCGUGGGUGUGCAGGUGUUGGUGAAGCUUGCUGAUACGUUCAAGAUGGAGAGUUGUCUGGUCUUCUGCCGCACCAACGUCGACUGCGACAACCUCGAGAAAUUCCUCAACUCUCUCGGAGGCGGCAGGGGAUUCGCAGGUACGCGCGAUUGCACCGACUGACAUGCAGAGGCGCCUGCCUGCCGACUGAUGGAUGGAUGAUGGAUGGAUGGAUGUGUGUGUGUGUGUGAGUGAGCGUAGGCAAGGCUGAGUCUGGCAAGGAGAACCCCUAUUCGUGUGUGGUGCUGGCCGGCAUGAGGGACCAGCAGGAACGACAGAGGAACCUCGCGGUCAGUUACCAGGCCACUGGCCACACGCACAUCGGUCACUCCGCGCCACCCACCGUGUUUGUCCGUCUGUCUCUGUGCGUAUUUGCAGCACUUCAAGGCAGGUGAUGUGCGUUUCUUGAUUGCCACCGACGUGGCGGCGAGGGGCAUCGACAUCAGGGUACGUUGGAAUAUGGGCAUAGCGGAAUACACACACCAGCAGAGCAGAGCAGCAGCCGACAGACGGGUGUGACCAUUGCGCCUCUCCCUCCCCCAGGAGCUGCCCUUCUUGGUGAUGCUGACGCUGCCCGACGACCCCAACCAGUUCUUCCAUCGCGUCGGUCAGUCAUCAAGCCAGCAGAGACAACACGAGAAACCUCUCCCAUGUGUCACUCUGUGUGUGUGUGUGUGUGUGUGUGCAGGUCGUGUGGGCCGAGCUGACCGGAUGGGCCUCGCCAUUUCUAUCGUCGCCACCGAGAAGGAGAAAGUCUGGUCGGUUCGCCCGAUGGAUACGGCAGACACCGAGCCACACACACACACACACACACACGUUGUUUGCCUGUGUGCAGGUACCACAAGUGCCCCAACAGGGGUCGAGGAUGCACCAACACCAAGCUGGUGGAAGAGGUAGGUACCCACAUACGCGCAGGAUGGGCGGCGUGUAAAUGGUGCUGGGUGGUCUGGUCUGACCUCAUCAGGGUGGGUGCACCAUUUGGUACGACGAGCCCACAUACCUCAAGGGUCAGUCGGUCAAGCCGCCUCAUAUGCCUACGAUCAAUCUACCGACCAUCCCUCCCUCCCUCCGUCCUUGGUGUGUCCGUUGUGCAGAGAUCGAGGAGCGAGUGGGUCAGAGGAUCGCCGCCAUGCACCCCAGCAACUUCUCCGUCAAGGGCGUACUCGACCCACUCGGCGCCGAACAAGCGCACCACAAAGAUGGUCCGCCUGUCGGCAUGAGCGGCUUCUCAUUGACCAACAGACACUCUCAGCUCUAUGCCUGUGUGUGUGGUGGUGCAGAUGGCCGUUCCAAGCGUCACAAGAAGGAGCACGUGAGCGCACCGGUGGCCGGACAGGCCGGUGAGUGAGUGAAGCGAGUCAAGUCAAGGCCGGCGACACACAGCCAUACACACAUGGCUUUGGACGCUCGUGUGUGUGUGUGUGUGUGUGUAAAGGCGGCAUGUUGAUGUACGGCAAGAUGAAGGACGACCAGAACACCAAAGCCACACUCAAGCACCUGCAGGUCAGCCGGUCGGCCGUCACGACUCCUUCAUGUGCUCAGCCGUGUUGUUUGUGAUCUCUGUCUGUCUGCAGGAGUUGUCGCCAGCAGUGGGCGAGCUGCAGCAGCUGGAACGAGUCAUACAGCAGAGAUACGUCACUCUCGCCGGCAAAGGAAUCUGAUGGACAGAUGCAUUGCAUGGAGGCCCAGGCAGCAGAAGGAUCUAUUUGUCGUGUGUGUGCGGUUGGCCAUCCAUGACGCGUGCGUGUCGC